AUGCGAACAAGAAAUUCUUCACUUGCUUCAAUGGCGUCUGCCCUGUGUUUCUUUCUUCUUACCUUUCUCUCUUCUCUCUCACUUAUUUCCUCACAGUAUGUGUUACCCCAACGCUACUUCAUCAACUGUGGAUCAAACUCUAAGAUUAAUUUCACCGGCCGGAAUUUCGUUGGCGACGUCAACCCCUCUGAGUUCUUCGUCUCCGGUGGCCAUAUCGCCGUUGAAAACAACAAUACGGCAAUCAAUACGCCACCUAUUUAUCGAACAGCAAGAGUUUUCGCUAAAAAAUUAUCAUACGAACUGGAGGCAGAAGAAAACAACACUUUCGUCAUGGUACGACUUCAUUUUUCCCCGUUUUCUUCUAAUGAAUUCCAACUUUCUUACUCAAAAGUAGACGUUUCAGUUUCGGGGUUUUCUCUGUUAUCCAAAUUUAGCAUCGGAAACAUGACUGUGAUUAGAGAAUUUAUAAUCCCUAUUGGAUUGGACCGACGGUUCACAAUCGAGUUUACACCCUCCCAUGGCUCAUCUUCUGCCUUUGUAAAUGCCAUUGAAGCGUUCACGACGCCGUCUGAUCUCUUUAAACCCGGCGUCAGCUACCCACGUAUUUCACCCGCCGGAAAAAUUGAUGAUCUGGAGAACUUUGAAUCUGCUUAUGCUUUCAACCCAAUUUAUAGAGUUAACGUCGGAGGACAAACCAUCGGCGUAGACCUUGACACCUUGAGAAGAACUUGGACACCUGAUGAUUCCUUCAUCUACAGCAAUGAACCAGCACAAAAAGUUACUUUUAACGGCUCGAUUAAUUAUUACCUUGGCGUAGCAAGCUCAGACGAUGCACCUGAUGAUGUUUACAAAACGGCCAAGCAAUUGAACAACAGAUUUGUCAAUAUAACAUGGAAUUUUGAUGUUAACGAAAACGCUAUGUACCUGGUUCGAGCUCAUUUCUGCGACAUUAUAAGCAGAGCCCUCAUCAAUUCCAACGAUGACUUCAACUUCUUUGUCUACAGCCACCACAAGGAGGAGAUUCGACCGGUUAGCAGAAUGCAGGCGUUGAAGGCUCCAUUUUACGUUGAUCUGGUAGUGGAGCCGGACUUUUCAGGCCUUGUAAAUAUCAGUAUCGGCGCAAUUCCUGGUAGCAAUCAGCCGGUGUUCUUGAACGGAGUCGAGAUCAUGGAGUUGUUGAAAAAAUCCGGUGUGCCUGAUCUGGCGAACAUCGAGAAGAAAGUAACGAGUGUGUUCAUCAUGGUUGUAUGUGUUCUUGCAGGUUUAGCUCUUCUAUUGCUUUUAUUGGCAGGUUUCUUCAUCGGGUCAAGAUGUGGGAAACUAAAGCAGGUGGUGGUCGGAGCAAAAUCAGAGUCUCACGUGGUGCCAUCAUAUGGUCGGAGUUCAUACACCAGCAUAAACGUCGACUUCACAGUCAACCAUCCAUCACCAAAACUGGAACUCAAUCUUAGGAAGUCGGAUGUUUACUCAUUCGGUGUGGUACUGCUUGAGGUGUUGUGUGCUAGGCCGGCUUUUGACCAUAAACUUCCUCUAGAGGAAGUGAAUUUGGCCGACUGGGCGAUUAAAAAGUUAAAAAAUGGGAAUGUUGAGAAAAUUAUCGAUCCGUUUCUUAAAGAUACGAUCUGUCCAUACUCGCUAAGGAAAUUUAUAGAAAUAGUAGAGAGAUGUUUGAAGCAAACCGGAGACGAGAGGCCGAUUAUGGUUGACGUGUUGUGGUAUUUAGAAUAUGUGUUGAAACUUCAGUUAAUGUCGGUGGAUAAAGAGUCGUAUGAUGGUAGCACAAUCAAUACAUCGUUGCAGUUGCCGAUGUCGAUAAUUGAUCGAUUACCGUCUCAGCUUAAUGAUGAAUCUAAUGUGGAUGAUAACUUGGUGUUGAGUUAUGUGAGUGAAAGCCAAGUGUUUUCACAGUUGAAGCUCGAGGAAGUUCAAUAA